UCUCCACAGAGGAAGAGACACUGAUCCACCAGAGAACAACAACAACAUCUUGUUUGCAUAUUUCUUAAUCAAAUCACCAAAGCUCAAAAUGGCUCAAGCUAUCACUGAACUUCAAGUCUCUAUCAGUAGGGAUGAAGAAGACAAGUUUGAAAAGCAAGGUUUCUCCAAAGUUGACGGUAAUCUCAACAGUGGUACUUCAGGUCCUGAUGUGUUCCUGUGGUUUAAAAAGCAGGGCGACAGGCCGAUCACCAGAAUCCAGUUCUCCUUCAGAAAAGAGAUGGAUAGCAUUCUCUCUGCCGCUGGCUUCACCAAGGUCGUUAAAGACAUAAAUACAGGUACUGGAGGCGAUGAGACAUACCUGUGGUACAUGAGUGGCACCUCUAGGUUCGACCUCCCAAUCCUGAAGCUGAAGGUGACCACCAGCUUGGAGGAUGAGCCAAGUCAGUUCAGCUCUGGCUGGGAGCGCCUGGGCUGCGACCUGAACCGCAACAACGGUGGAGAUCCAGUUUAUCUCUGGGUGAAGAGGGACGCAACAAGCUACAUCUCUGACAUCACAGCCACUAUCAACUUCUCUCAAGACAUGAAAGAUCUCUUUCAGCAAGGAUACAUCCGUGUGGAUGAAGACACCAACCGCAAAGUGCCGCCACAAGGUUCUGCAGUGUUUCUGUGGUAUCGCCGCUCCAAGGUUGAAGAUGAUGGCAUCGCUAAGAUCGAUGUUUCCCUCAAUAAAAAUGAGGAGGACGACCUGAAGAAGAAUAAAUUCACGAAGGUUAAUAAAAACCUCAAUGACAGCACCACUGGAGGUCCUGUGUAUCUGUGGUACAAGCGUGAAAAAACUCCUGCCAUCCAGUUCUUCACCGUGCUAGUCGGUGAUGUUGCUCAGAGUGUUUAUAAAAAAGCUGGCUUCCAUGUUGUGGAGAAAAACCUGAAUAAAGGCAGUGAUGGAAUUCCUCUUUAUGUCGCCUAUAAGUGA